AAUAUAUGGCGAUUUAACGGAUAUCAGCUGGCAUGUAGUUAUCCAAUCGAGAGCUUUGUUACAACUUCAUUUUUUGUAUUGAAGUUCUCCUUUAGAUAACCUUGUCCCAAUUGAUAAGAGGUCAAUUCGCAGAAUAUUUUAAUCGGAAUAUACAAAUGUUCCGCAGAAUAUUUUAAUCAGAGUAUACAACACUUACAUUUUUCUUGAAAGUUGUUUCCUUGCCUGUUCACUGAACCACUAUCUCGGCACCAGCAAAGAGUAUAUACCAGAGAGAGAGAGUAUAUUAGAGCUCAGCAAUAUACUGUUCACUGUGCAGUGUGCACCGAAGAGUGCAGGAACAGUGUGGUCAGUUGUGUCAGCCGUAGCUGGGCUCACUAUUCUCCACAUUUCUCUCGAUUUAUGUGUUAAUAGAUAUUAAAAUAUAGAGAGAAGAUUGGCUUCUAUUAAUUGUGGUGUAAUUUAUGAAAUCUUAGACUGUGUAUAUAUUAUUUAGUUAUACACAGGAGGUGACAGCUUGUCAGUUGGUGUUGGUAUCUGAUUCGUUGGAUCGCGUCACAAUAACACCAAAAUAUUAAGAGGUCUAACGCGAUCCAGAUGUUCCCUUGAAGUGAGACGGACUGGGAUGUUUUUCCCCGCGUUUCCUGGUGUAACGAAUAUUUGUAACUCUAAUUAUGAUAUUAUUUUAUGUUUUAAAAUGACGCAGUAAAUAUUAUUCGUUAAUUUAUGUAUUAAAAUUAUCUUUGUGCAAUGUAUGUACAAUAUAUUUCGUAGAAAAGAUCAAAAUGGUAGAUGAUUACUACUCAUUUAAGCGCGAUUUGCUCAAUCAAACGAGUUGUUUUUCAGAUAAAGACGUAAGGGAACUGGUUGGGGAAUAUGCGGGUAUCAUUGAGUCAAAUCGUCGCUGUAGUUUUAUCAAAGGUAUCAAUGACUUAAUUUUAGUGUUAGAAAAGAGAGAUCAUGUGUCUUCUGACAACUAUUCAGAAUUACGAAACAUUGUGAAUCGAUUGCCAGCAGAAGGAAGAAACAAAAUGUUAGCGCGUCUUAGUAAUCGAAGGACUGUAGAUCCAGGAGAUUAUCCUAAUAAUAAUGGUCCACGGAACACACCACCUCAUUCAUCUACACAGGAUACCAGUUCAAAUAAUAAUGCAUUGCCAGCUUAUGUCAGCAAUAGUCAAUCCCUGGUGCUUUUUCAAUCUAGAAGUAUUAAUAAACAAAAGAUGCAUCGAGAUCUUCUGCAAGCUUUGGGAAAAGCUCGCCGUAAAGAUCUUCAGGACAGAGUUGAAGAAUACUUUGCUAACAUGGACUGAAUUUUAAUUUCUUAUUAUUCUGUAUUAUUUAUUUACUUAAUGAAAGGGGAAAAAAACAUGUAAUAAACUGUAAACUUGUCCAUAAGUGUAAUAUGUAAAUUAAAUUUGUUAUUCUUUAAUUUCUCAACUUCCAUCUGUAUAAAAUCAUUAUUUACUCUUCUAAAUUCUUUAGUCGUAUAAACUGUGUUACUAUUAAUUUACUGUAUUCAAAAAUGUUAAAAUACAUGAAUUAGAUAGGAUGGAUUGGUAACAUGUUGCAAGCAACUAAAGUGCUUUUAUGUAUAAUUUCUUAAUGUGCUUUAACAAAUCACAUUCUUGAUAACAUUCCGAAAUGUGUGAGUUAUUGAUCAGUUCUUUGGGGAUUGAUAGGGUUUGUCUACUUGUCUUGGAAAGAAAUUCUUUAACCUCUUAAAGGCCGAAUUCAUUAGCGAAUCGUUUUUGCGAAGGGUUUGUUUUUGUUUUGUUUUCCUUCACAUUUCACCUUCUAAUUUUUCAAUAAUGGGAAAUGAAUUUAAUUUUGUUGUGAAAAUUCACACUAAUUUUUUUAAAUGUUCCCAUUUGGAUCAUUGAUCUUUUAUGAUUGAAGUAUCUACGAGGCUUCACAGCGGCAGGAAAGUUAACCUCUUUGUACCCCUCAUCCCCUAAAGGAGACGUUGUGUAGUGUUUCUUACAUUUUCUUAUAGCCAAGUCAACUUAGACACUAAACUGGUAAUCUCUGGGAAAAAAUCCUAGAGUUUUGAAAUUUGGCAUGAUUAUUUGUUUGUACCCACUGCACAUUAUACUAAAAAUCCUAAAGAGUGGGGGCAGGGGCAUUUAAAGGUGUUUUUUCUAUAUGCAACUUUUCUGCUGUUUACACAGUAAUAUAGAGAAUGUAUUGUUAUACUGCUGGGGAAAAAAGUGAAUUUUCUAUAGCAAAUUACUUAUUGCCAGACCCUCGCAAUGAAAAAUUGGAGAAAUCUUUUCCAAAUGCAAGGAUUGUUAUACCUAGGGGCAAAGCGUGUUUUCAAAAAGUGUGAAAGAAAUUUUGAAUUGUUAUUUUGCCAACGUUUCUAUUGCCAUUUGUAAUUAUUCAAGUGAAUGAUUAAAAUCCAUGAUUUUAUAUACAAUUAACUGUAGCCAUGUUCAUUCAUGAUUGCAGAUUGAUGUACCUUGGCAGUUCCUAGGUACAUAAAUGGGUUGUGUCAUUUCACAAUAAGUAUACACAAUGUUUUAAAAAAAUGUUAAAUUUUCUUCCUCAAAAACUAUUCAAAAUACUUGGAAUAAAAUAGACAGGUUCCAUUUUCGUUGAACUCUUAAAUUUUUGAAUAUUGUAAAUUUAGAAAUUGUGAAAAAGAAUGUGCUGUUGGAGCUUUAGUUUACAGCUUAUGCACGCUGAUCAAGAU